GGGAAUAUUUUUUUUUUCAAAAUAAAAGAGAAAAACACACCAUAAUCAUCCACUUCAUUCAUUUGCCAGAUUUAACAAUGGCAGCUUCAUCAUUAUCGUCCUCAAUUGGUUUCCAAGGCCCUAAUUCUUCUGCAGCCUGCUUGAGCGGCGGCAUUGAUCCUGCAGGAAUUCCAUUGCCGCCUUCUGCUUCCUCCCCAGAUACAUAUAAUCCACUAAAGGGAUGGCUGAUUGGGAUUUUGAUAUCAGCCGUUAUUCCAUUUUUCCGUCACAAAUUAGGGUCGUUUAUGCAAAUCAAAAAUGCUAUAAGUGAGGUGGAAGAAGUGGUCCACGGCGUGGAAAAGGUGGCAGAGGUGGUGGACAAGGCGGCCGAAGAAAUCGGCGGCAAGCUCCCCGCCGGGAAAUUGAAAGAUGCGGUGGGAGUAGUGGAACGGGCGGCUGAGAAAGCCGAUAAGGACGCGGAGGCGUUAGGAGAAAUAAUAGACAAGGUGGAAGAAGUGGAAGAGACGGUCGAAGAGGGCGUGCAGUCGUUGGUGGAGUUGGCGCGCCACCAAGCUCCGGCCGGGGGUAGAUAAAAUACUCCUUAUAGACCUGCCGCCAGAAUAGAAAUUUUCUAAAACUAAUUGAGUUUGAUACUUUGAUAAAAACGUUACUUUUCCAUUUAUUUUUUGGUGAAAUUUGUAGUCCCUCCCUCCUAAAAUUAAUUUCUCAAUUUGACUUUUGCAGUCAAACUUUUUAAACUUUGACCGUUGAUUAAGAAAAAAAUACAUUGAAAUUUCAUAUAAAUUUAUUAGAAAUAGAUUUAUUUUGGAAUAUAGUUUUGAAAUAUAU